AUGGCAUCUGAAUCUAAAGCAGCCCACCCUAAGAAGUGGCUUAUCGCAUAUAACUCUAUCUCAGCUUCAUUAUGGUCAAUUGUGUUUUUCAAUACUGUAUUCUUAGGAGUAUCAGUAGGACAACCAUUCCUCUUUGAAAAGACAAAUUUAAUAACUACUAUAAUUCAAUCAUUUGCUAUAAUUGAAAUCUAUAAUGCCGCUACUGGGAUUGUGAAGUCUCCAUUAUUCACCACUGUCACUCAAGUGUUUUCUCGUCUUUUGAUCGUAUGGGGUAUUUGUCAAUUAUUACCUGAAUCACCCGCAAAUUAUCAUUGGUGUUAUAUCACUUUAUGUCUUAGUUGGUCCAUCACUGAAGUUAUAAGAUAUGCUUACUACGCAUCUAAUUUAAAAGGUCCUGAUACCGUUCCCGAAUAUUUAACUUGGUUAAGAUAUACUACUUUCUAUGUGUUAUAUCCUACUGGUGUGUUUUCGGAAACUUUUAUGAUUUACUUAUCCUUAGAUGAAGCUAAACAAGUCAUUGGGGUAUGGUAUUCAUAUGCAUUGAUAGCUAUUUUAUUCACUUAUAUCCCAGGUUUCUACAUGCUUUAUACUUAUAUGAUCAAGCAACGUAAGAAGGUUUUAGGUAAAUCAAAAGUAGUUGAUUCAAAGAAGACUCAAUAA